AUGGCGAAACCAAAGGACUCAGCAAAGGCUGCCAGGGUCAAGAAACCAUACCACAUCAAGAAGGCCGACCUGCAUCUCGACGAAUACAUCGAGGAACAGAACUCCAAAAACCCCUCGCUGCUCCUCCAACGAGCUGUGGCCCAUCUCAGGAACUCGGUCCAGUUCAAGCUCUACCUUGUCUUGCAGCUCGUCGCCGUCGCCGUCGGGUACGGCCAAGCCAUGCUUAUCGUGGGCCUGCUGUGGGCAAUGAUCACCAACACAGGCAAGCGGAGAGAGGGAGAAUUGAGCGCGUAUUCACUGUUCAACAAGGAUGUCCAAGCGUGA